GAACCAAAAAUUGACGAACAUUGGGUCGGUUAAGUUAAAAAAGAAAGUGAUGAAAGAUUGACUAUAGAAUUAAAUUACCGAUCGUUGUUCCUCAGUCGUCGUCAUCUUCAUCCCAACACUGGUCUUUCUUUCUUCUCGCCGUCCUUCUUCCACAACUCACCACCUUCUAUCUCCUCCAGAUAUCCUCUCAAAGGAACCAUGUUUGCCAAUUCAAACACGACAUCAUGGGCAAUAUCUUCAGAUAGCUUGGAGAGAAAUACCGCAAAUGUGCCUAACUCUAUUAAUGUGGCAAAACUAUCUGGUAGCCCCCCAAGCCGAACUUCCCCCCCGGGUCCUGUUGCUAUUUUGUGGGACAUCGAAAACUGCCCUGUCCCUAGUGAUGUCCGCCCUGAAGAUGUUGCUGGGAACAUCAGAAUGGCAUUACGGGUCCAUCCUGUGAUACAAGGAGCUGUCACAUUGUUCUCUGCAUAUGGAGACUUUAAUGCAUUUCCUAGGAGAGUUAGAGAAGGAUGCCAAAGGACAGGUGUUAAACUUGUUGAUGUUCCGAAUGGGAGAAAAGAUGCAGCUGAUAAGGCUAUUUUGGUUGACAUGUUCCUUUUUGCCCUCGACAAUUCUCCACCUUCGUCCAUCAUGCUGAUCUCGGGGGAUGUGGACUUUGCUCCUGCUCUGCAUAUUCUUGGUCAACGUGGAUAUACUGUGAUCCUUGUCAUUCCUUCAGGUGUGGGUGUUUCAUCUGCCUUGUCUAAUGCUGGUAGGUUUGUCUGGGAUUGGCCUAGUGUGGCACGGGGAGAGGGUUAUGUGCCUCCAAAUAUGGGCCCUCGUGGGGGACCUGAUAAUGCUGGGUUUUUGAUGGGUUUCCAUAUAAGUGAAAAUAUUGAUGGAAAUGAUGAGGAAGCAAUUGUAUAUCGAGGACUCUCACAAAGCUAUUACAACUCAAGGGAUUUUACAAUAGUUUCCCAGUCUUUAUCCGAGUACAACACUGGUACUUCAGCUGGUUUUCCUGCCUUUACCACUUCACUAAGAUCAAAUUCUAUGCCUUCUGGUUUAAAUGAAGUUGCGGGUCCUACAUCAGGUUCUGUUGCCUUAAUUGACCAAAAUGAUUCAAAUCCGUGGGUACAAAUACAACCUGGUGAUGUUAACAGUUUGAAGGCACAGUUAGUGAAACUGCUUGAAUUGUUUGGUGGAUGUUUACCCCUGGUUCGUGUUCCUGCUGAAUAUCAGAAGGUUUUUGGUAGGACUCUUUACAUCUCAGAGUACGGGGCAUGCAAGCUCGUGAAUCUCCUCAAGAAAAUGUCAGAUGUUGUGUCUGUUGAAGGGAAGGGUCAAAAGAAGUUUGUGUACCUUCGGAAUGGGAGGGCAGGCCCUUGUGCUCCUUCACUUGCACCAAAGAGUAAUAAGAAAGGGAAAGGAGUUCAAGAAGAGAACAUGGAAACUAAUGUUGGUUGUGGCUCAUCUGAUGAGUUCUCCGACGAUGAGAGAGUGGUCGUAGAAGAUCAAGAGCGAAUAAGUGUUACAGAGAAUUCAACUUUGCGCACAGUUGCACAAUAUGCACUUGAGGACCAUAACUUGUUACAAUUUAAGCAUGAGCUGGAGGAAAUAUUGGUGAGUUAUUCAUGUGGAAUAUUUCUGAGUUAUUUUGAAAAUAUAUACCUGCAAAGGUACAAGAAACCUUUAGAUUAUCGGAAAUUUGGGGUAAAUGAUCUGGAGGAAUUGUUCGAGAAGCUGAAAGAUGUUGUGCUUUUACACGAGGAACCAGGUACUAAAAAGAAAUUUUUAGCUCCUGCUCUUGGUUAAAGGCUAUAGCAGCCUUGAUUCUCAGGUUCACACCGUGGAUAUGGGAAUCUGAGCUGGUGCUUAGAAGUGGGUUAUCCAUGUGCUUUUCAAAUUUGGGAAGAAAUUGGUUUCACAUGUAUUUUUAUUCUGCAUGUGUUCUACAUGUUGCAAGGUUACAAUGAGGUUUUUUUAGUUCAGAGUAACUGGUCAACAUGUUAAUUGAAAUAAGCUUAUGAAUUUAGUUGUUGCAUUCUUUGAGUUGUAACGUGGAAGCUUCUCAACAGUUGAUACUCAGUGGUGAAUAUUAUUUAUGAUCUUAGAAGCAUGAAGUUGGUUUCGGUUGUAAUGCAAAGCAUCUCGAAACCAUCAGGGAGCUAGAGUGCACACUGAACUUUUAUUUUACCAUAUCUUAUGGCAAUUUCUGUCAAAGUGUUAUUAUUCCAAGUGGAUAAUGAAUAAUUCCACUCUCUGAGCUCUUCCAAUAUUAGCAUUGAAGCAUAAUGGAGUCUCACAAAACUGCAAGAUGGCACUCUAACAUGGAGCCCGCGGUACCCAUGCCUUCCACUUUCAUCAAUAAGCUAUUUCCUUGUCGUCAAUUGUUUGUGAUUUUUCAGGUGCCACGAAGUGUUGUUUGGAACUCAUAUAGUUGUUUGUUUGCUGCAUAACUAAUUAAAACUGCUGGAAAGGACAGAAGCAUUCCGAUAGACCUCUUCUGGCGAUUUGAUUCAAAAACUUUUUAUUUUCUGUAUCUGUUGCCGGGCUUUUUAUUCUCUUCCGGCUUGUUACGGUGCUGUUUUAUCAACCUAAUUGGCGGGGCAAUUGAAGUCUGAUAUGGGUUUAUAAAAGCAUCUUAAAGCUGUCAACUGUGAAUAUCUAUUACACGUAAUUGUGGAACACUUGACUUUUUGUGAUCAAGAACUUCACGUAUUGACAAAUCUGGUUCAGUUUCAAUUCGAGAAUUGUUUUUGAACUAUUCCACACUUUUUUUUUUUUUUUUGACAUAUAUUCCACACUUCUUAUGGUUCGUGAACUCUUUCAAAUUGAGUUGAGUUAUACUGUAUAUUGUGUAUCUCUCAGAAGUUAUAUAAUAAUACAAGUUUUAUC